GAGGGUUCUACCAUUGGUCUUUAACUCUUCCACGUCUUUCCUACUGUUUUAUGGCAAUUGUUUAGGAGAUUCGUUGAACUAACAAGCUAGCUAGACAACACACUAGAAUAAAGACUUGGAGACAGAAUGGCAUCAGAAUCUCCGCGCAGACCAAGCCGCUGUGCUGGAGGGGUUGUGGUGCGAGCACAAGCUGCCACUGAGCAGUCGUAUAUGGAGAGUGUUGUGACCUUCCUCCAAGAUGUGGUCCCUCAGGCAUACACUGGCGCACCCCCAACUGAUGAAAAAGAGAAAAUAGUUUGGGUCAGAUUUGAGAAAGCCGACAUCAAUGAUACGUCCCGCUCCCCAGAGUUCCUGGAGAUGCACAGUGGCAGCAGUGACCCUCCCCUCUGCCUCAUGAUUGGUUAUGCAGACGGGAUGCAGAUCUGGAGCAUAUCCCUGGGUGGGGAGGCCCAGGAGCUUUUCUCUGUGCGCCACGGACCUGUGAGAGCUGCCCACAUCCUGCCAGCGCCCCAUAUCAGUCCGCUGAUGAUUGAUAGUUUUGCGGACAAAAGGCCUCUCCUGGGGGUGUGCAAAAGUACCGGGUCCUCUGGGACCAGCCCCCCAUACUGCUGUGUGGACCUGUACUCUCUGAGGACAGGGGAGAUGGUCAAGUCAAUCCAGUUCAAGACGCCCAUCUACGACCUGCACUGCAAUAGGGAGAUCCUAGUUGUCGCCCUGCAGGAGAAGAUUGCUGCAUUCGACAGCUGUACCUUCACCAAAAAGUUCUUUGUUACAAGCUGCUUUCCAUGUCCGGGCCCCAACCUAAACCCCAUAGCACUGGGAGGACGCUGGCUAGCCUACGCUGAGAAUAAGUUGAUCCGGUGUCACCAGUCUCGAGGCGGUGCCUGUGGGGACAAUGCCCAGUCUUACACAGCUACUGUCAUCAGCGCUGCUAAAACCCUAAAGACUGGUCUCACCAUGGUGGGGAAGGUGGUGACCCAGCUAGCUGGUUCUCUACCCACUGGUGCCCCCGACGAGGAGGGUGCUACCCCCCACAGCACCACCCGCCGAAGCCCCCAUGCCCCCGGAGUAAUCACCGUCAUUGACACACACAACGUCGGAGAGGGACAGGUCCUGGUGAGUGAGGACUCAGAUGGAGAGGGAGUGGUGGCCCACUUCCCAGCCCAUGACAAACCCAUAUCCUGCAUGGAAUUCAACCCCAGCGGUAUGCUGCUGGUGACUGCAGACACCCUGGGCCAUGACUUCCAUGUGUUCCAAGUCCUCACACACCCCUGGGCCUCCAACCAGUCUGCUGUCCACCACCUCUACACACUGCACCGCGGAGAGACUGAGGCCAAGGUCCAGGACAUCUGUUUUAGCCAGGACAGUCGCUGGGUGGUGAUCAGCACACUGCGUGGCACCUCCCACGUCUUUCCCAUCAACCCCUACGGUGGUGCGCCUUGCGCCCGCACUCACAUGUCCCCCCGCGUGGUCAACCGCAUGUCCCGCUUCCAGAAGAGUGCAGGGCUGGAGGAGAUAGAGAAUGAACUGAACAGCAAGCAGGCUGGAGGAGGGAGAUGCAGCCCCAUCCCCGGGCUCUCCAGCAGUCCCUCGGGGUCCCCACUACACGGAGCAAAAUGCAGAAAGAAAAGAGAAAAUAGAGCUAAACUCACCAGCCAGGAGUCGUACAACAACUUCACCAACAACAACAUGGGUAACCCUCGUCUGUCCCCUCUGCCCAGCCUCACCAUAGUGCUGCCCCUGGCACAGAUCAAGCAGCCCAUGACCCUGGGCACCAUGACCAAGCGCUCCGGACCUUACCUCUUUGGGGCAGGAUGUUUUGCCAUUAAAACUCCAUGCAAAGCCAAGCCUCUCCCUCAGAUCUCCCCCAGUAAGUCCAGUGGAGGAGAGUUCUGUGUGGCUGCUGUCUUUGCUGCCUCACGCUCAUGGUACAUGACCAACCCCAACAUGAAGAGAGAGAAAGACCAGUCCAGCCGGUCAGUGGUGGAGUCCCUCUACAUCCUCAGUUGCUAUGGCACCCUGGUGGAGCACGUCCUGGAGCCUCGGCCAAUCAGCACAGCCCAGAAGAUCAGCGAUGACACACCCCUGGAGCUCAACACAUGUCCACGGGCCUGCUGGAGCCUGGCCAGGACUCCACUGUGGAAUGAGCUGCAGCCUCCCUUUCUCUCCAACCACCCUCUGGUGCUGGCCUCUGACCUGGUGCAAUAUUACCAAUACCUCCUGGCUGGAUUGGUGCCCCCUGGAAGCCCUGGCCCUAUCACGCGCCACGAGUCUUACGACAGCCUGACGUCGGACCACAGCGGACAGGAGGACGAGGAGUGGCUCUCACAGGUGGAGAUAGUCACCCACACAGGGCCUCACCGUCGGCUGUGGAUGGGUCCUCAGUUCCAGUUUAAGACCAUCCACCCAUCUGGUCAGACUACGGUCAUCUCCUCCUCCUCCUCCGUGCUGCAGUCCCAGGGCCCCAGCGACAUUCAACAGCCUCUGUUGGACUUCCACACUGAUGACCUGGACCUACACAGUCUCAGGAUCCAGCCCGUGCGUUCUGAGCCGGUCAGCAUGCCUGGUUCCUCUCGGCUGGUGGCUGAACGGAGGGGACAGGGGACGGUCAUUGAUAUAGGAUCGGGGACGUUUGACCGCAGUGUGACCCUGCUGGAGGUGUGUGGAAGCUGGCCAGAGAGCUUUGGCCUGCGUCACAUGAGCUCUGUGGAGUCCACCGAGGAGGGGCUGAGAGAGAGGCUGGCAGACGCCAUGUCAGAGUCACCAUCCAGAGACAUAGUGGGCUCGGCUACUGAGCUCCAGAGGGAGGGCAGCAUUGAGACUCUCAGCAACAGCUCUGGUUCCACCAGCGGCUCCAUCCCCCGUAACUUUGAGGGCUACCGCUCUCCACUGCCCACCAACGAGAGCCAGCCCCUCAGUCUCUUCCCCUCCGGAUUCCCCUAGAGGAGACCAGGAGACAGCCUGCCUACCGCCCUACAAGACCUGGGGUCAAAUACUAUUUGAUAUCUUUCAAAUGCUUUGAGAGUUUGCUUUAGUCUGCCUGGAAUCCCUGAUGGGAGGGGACUACAUUUUGGCGACUGUUCUAUUGGUUCCAUUACGCCAGACAAGCUCAAUAAAUCCCAGAUAAAGAAUUUGAAAUUAUUUCAAAAAGUAUUUGAACCCAAGUCUGCUAACUACUGUUCAUCCUACCGCUUCACACAGCACAGCCGGACAGUCUUGAUGGUCUCUCACCAUGUUGAUAUUCAUUAGGAUGUUAUUGUGAGCAGUGGUCCCCUCCUCUCUCUCUCUCCAAAUCCAGGAACUGUCCAGUGUUUCUCUCACUUGCCGAUGUGUUUAUGCUUAUGUGUGUGUGUGUGUGUGGGGGGGAAUAAUGUGUCACAACGCGUGUGUUUCAUUUUGGGUGUGUGUGCUGCUCCGUGUGAGAGAGAAGGCUGAGGCCGGGUGUAUUGAGUGAGCAGUGUGUGACUCAGUCCCUCCUGUGUGUGUGUAUAAAAAGUGCUCUGAUGAUCAUGGGUGUCCCAAAUGGCACCCUAUUUCCUAUAUAGUGCACUAAAAGGCUUAUUCCUUUCUUGUAUACACACAACUCAAACAAAAGCACACGCUUGUACGCUGAAUAAUUACUUUGCCGGCUUGCUUUUCUUAGUGAAUGAGUCAUUGCUGGACUUGACCAGACCACAUAGGACUUGAUAUGAAGUCUGAUCUGAUGCACUAGUGAGAACAGAAAGAAAGGCUUAAAACAGACUCUGAAUAAUUGGUCACUAAUUUUGUAUUCGGUGUUAAAAACACGAUACAAUCCUAGUCCUUUGUCUGGGGAAUGGAUGACUGGCUGACUACAGGGGUCUGUUCUGAAAAAUGCAACGUUACAAGACUUUCGGGUAGAAAUACAUUUUAUAGAUCAGAUAUGUCCUGUAGCAAAAGGAGUCAUUGCAGAUCUAUAUAUUAUAUUUAUAUCUGCAAUGUUUCACCUUAUUGAACACAGCCAUGUUCCCGUAAUUCUGCUUGUUGAAUGAGUCGAUGGCUACUGAUGCUUGGUCACUGGCUAAUGUAACAUAAAAGGGUCAUGAUUAAUUGAUCCUUUUUAAUGCAGAACACAUGCUUAUUAAUACAUUUUCACUGUAAUAUUGAUUUUGUACAAUACUGAGUAGUUAUUUGCUAUACAUUCGUGUUAAUGAAAUACUGAAGACUUGGAAAAUAGUUUGCUGUGUUAUAUUAUCACCCCUGGAUAUUCAAUGAUUUCAUAUAUACUGAGUAAAUAUAACAGCUGCAUAGUCAUUGUUUUAAUCACGUGUACAAAAGUUAGCAGCUUGUGCUUCUGUAAAUGUAGAGACUUCUCCUUUAAUUUAAAGAAAAUAAAUAAACCACACCAAAGCCAGUACACAUUUUCUGCCAGUUUAUUGUGGAAAAGCAGACUGUGAAUACAACACUCUAAAACUUAUCUGACACUCAGAACAAGAAUCAAAAGAACUACAAAAUGUUCAAGAAUCUCAAAUCAGUACAAGACUAAUUGAUGUAGGGCCCCUAUGUUUCAAUGCAAUUCACUUACCUUAGACAGGAGCAAAACCAGGCCAGAGACUGAAACAAUGCCCAUGUGAAUGUGUUUGAGCAGGCAUACUCAGGCCAACAAGCACUGGCUCUGCUCUUGCCUUCAGGUUGUUUGCCCCAUAGAAAAAGAAUGAAUUGAAUGGGCUUGGAACUUCUAACCCUGGCAUUUUUUAUUGGUAAACACAUGGGUACACUUACAGUGGCUGCCUGGUAAUGUGAUGCAAUCCUUUCCAUGUUCAUUCAAACUAAUGUAUUUUUUUGUAAUGUCAGUUUAAUCAACAAAUUACAGCACAUAUGACUUGUCCACCCAUAGAGUACCACAGUAUGAGUCAUAUACCCAUAAAACCUAGCGGUCAAACAGGGAAAUGGUUCAAAUCAUUUUUCUACCAUUCAUCAUCAUUCAUGGGGGAUUUUAUAAACACUUAAAAUAAGGGCUGUGUUUCAUGUAGGGUUACCCUGGAGUGACGUUUUGAUAACCGGUUACUUUUAUCAAUAAUUUGCCUGUAUUUACCCCCCCCCCCCCAAAAUGCUAAUUAGCUGCUAAUGUGGCUAUCAUUAAGAACUACAAAUGCCAUGAUGACCUGGAGGAGGCUGCCGAAUCGAGGCAAAGGUAAGAAUCUCUGGAUUAACUGUCUGUUAGCUAAAUGUAGUAAUAAAUAACUUGUCUACAUUUCUUUAAACUGACAUUUCUGUGAACUGUCUUUUGGUUUAAAAAAAAAAAACUCUCCCCAAUUGAUAGUUAGUCUUAUCUCGUCGCUGCAACUCCACUACGGACUCGGGAGAGGUGAACGAGAGCCAUGCGUCCUCCGCAACACGACCCUGCCAAGCUGCACUGCUUCUUGACACACUGCUCGCUUAACUCCAAAGCCAGCCGCACCAAUGUGUCAGAGGAAACACCAUCCAGCUGACAACCGAAAUCAGCUUGCAGGCGCCCGGCCCGCCACAAGGAGGCACUAGAGUACGAUGAGACAAGGAAAUCCCGGCCGGCCAAACCCUUCCCUAACUUGGGCCAAUUGUGCGCCGCCUCAUGUGUCUCCCGGUCACAGCCGGCUGGGAUCGAACCCGAGGCUGUAGUGACGCCUCAGCACUGCCCUUUUGCCAGUUUUAAAUUGACACAAUACCUGAUAGCAGAGGUGUCAGCUAGAGAUGACGUGCAGGAGCUUGCAGAGAUUUGUAGUUUUGCGUGAUGUCUACUUUGAAGCUAAUUAGCAUUUUUGAAUCUGAGAGUAAAUAGAGCCAAAUAUAUUGAUAAGUCACCUUGUCCGAGAGAGAUUUACAUGGUUAUCAUAACAUCACACCAGGGUAAGCCUACAAGAAACACAGCCCUAAUUUGAAGUAUUUCUAAAUUCCCCUAUGGGAAAAAUUAAUGAUGGGAAAAAUGAUUGGAACCAUUUCCCAGUCUGACCACUGGGUUUUAUGGGUAUUAUGACACCUCCACUAUGGGCAUAAUUGACUUGAAUGGGGACGCCUGUUCUAUUCAUUAUAUUUCUAUGGUUUGCCCACUGACGCUCCCCUGGUGCCCCACACUGUGACAUGAUGCCCUGCAUGCCAAUGUCUCUCUGAGUCUGAGGGAACCAUGCCCAGGCCAGUGCCCCAGCUGGCACCUCUACCAGGGGCAGGGGCCUGUUAAAGGAGGACACACCUUAGCUGUUUCACUCUGUUUCAAAAUGUUGUCUGCCUCCUGAACAUGCCCCUGGUUUUUACCCUCCUCUCAUGUGACAGUCUCCAUUUAUACCCAUCCUCCUCUGCCAGCAAACCCUGUGAAUAGAUAGAGCAGCGAGAGGAGAGCCAAGGUUGGCACCAGGAGAGAAGCCGUAUUGAUACAUAGCUAGCUACAACCACUUGUGAACAUUGUUUUGCUCAAAAUCACACAGAAAAAAAUUCGCUGCCCAAAGAACGUAAAAUUACAGAUCAAAAGUCAUCUCUAUCCAACCUCAUAUACUGUAUUUCUUUAACUUUGUGUGAUUUAUUUGUGUACAUAUGUGUCUUGAAAUGUGAUGGAAUUUGUUAUUCACUUAUAUUCAAUCAUUUAUCAGACUGUAAUAGCAUUAUAAUGUGUGUACAAUACAAAACAUUUAACAAUAUCAGAUCUGAAAUAGUAUUUUGAUUGCUGUCAUUUAAUUGUUGUCAUCCUCUCAACUAAAUAGACUAGGAAGACUUACAUUGUUAGCAAAUAUGUAUGUUAGGCAAGUAAAAUUCCCUCUUUUUUAAUCACUUAUAAUUAUUUUCCUUUCCUCAGUGCACUCUUUUGAUCCACAAAGGAGACAACUAGAUAUCAAAUAGGUCUACUUCGAAUUAAUUUAUAGUGCCAGCCAUUUGAAACCAAUCAAAGGCAAUACCAUGUAUUAUAUCCUAUUGUUCGUAUGAAUAUGACAGAAAAAUAUAUUGGGAAAUGCCGUGGUCAUUGCAGGUAUGUUGAUGACAUUUUAUGACCUUUUAGUGAAUAAAACAAAUGUCACUAAACAAUUACAAUUCGCAUAGGACUAUUAUUAUUGUUAAUUUAAUGUACAAAUGUAAUCUUAAUCACUUUUCAGAUCAGGCUUUUCAAUCGUCUAACAGGAGGCGAAUACUUUUUUUAAUAACCUAACCUAACAGUUCUGUGUUGUUUACAUUGCCAAAGUGUCCAAUGAAAAUGUUUUAUGCAUCAAUGAUUUUAUUCAAACGAAACGCUUCCUCAUAAACUGAGACCCCAAUCGCCUGAUUCUGAGCAAGAUUAUAGCCUGCCUAUGUGUACACUUAUUUCUGAUUCAAUGAUAGAGACCAUCGUGUGAGCGGUUACGUUCGAAAUUGAACACGGGAAAGUGCUUUCCUUGCUAAAUGAAAGUAUGUCUGAAAUAAAUGUAAUUUCCCCCUGACCCAAGUAAUUUCAUAUCGCUUCUGUAUAUAAUACGAUUCAAUGUAUUCGGUCGCAUGAGUUGAAAAUUGAAUUUUGAAGCACUGUCAACAAGUUCAACUCUGUUAAAUCAACACGAGUUUGAUAGGACUGUAGCCCAUAGUAGAGAGCAACAAGGCUAUUUUCAAGGGAACUGAGUGCAUGUCAAACAUAAUAGCCAGCCUCUCCAUGUUGUGUUGCAACAUCACAUCAAAUUGAUCAAGGCUGUUAUAGAGUUACGUUCCUGAACAGAAAUUGAUAUGCUAUGUGCACAUAUAUGUUGUCAAUAGGACAUUAAGUCUACACUUGUUGUAUUCUACGCAUGUGACAAAUAAAGUUUGAUUUGAUUAA